AAACCCUUCCAUAACAUUUUUCUGAUUGCCGCGCCUCACCCUUGACUGAUUCCUAGCUUGCCUUGCCUCCAACCAAAAUAACAAUAAUAGCCCACACCACACCCCCUGGAUGAGAUUUGGAGAUCUAGUCAACAUUGCCUAUUCCCCUUUUACCAACUGAAGUACCCUUCUUCAUCCCAAGCCAUCCCUCUCAUUCCUUUUUUCAUUUCCUCCCUCUUUCUUCUUCUUGUACCAGAGACGACUUCUUGUCUUGCUGCCUUGUUUCUUCAGUCUUUCUCUUUACCUUAUCCCUUGCGAAACCAAGCCACCUUGAACCAAAGUCCAAGGAGCUCAACCUUUUUUCGCCUUUUUUCUCUUCUUUGAGACUUUGUCUCUCCUAGGCCCCGCCAAAUUGCAUAUCAAGCACCCCUCGCCUUUUCCGAUUCUAUUCCAUUACAGGACUCGGCUGUCCGUCCGCUCGUUUGCGCGUCCCCCCUAAAAUCUGUCUUCAAGGGGUCUCUUAUCUACAACCACGACUUUUCUCGCCGACAGCCUCAACCAUCUUCAAUCGCAUCCUUUACAUCACCAACAACCAAAUUAAUCAUAAUGUCGGCUGACGAAAAGAUCCGCGUCUCGGGCGAGACGCCUCGUGCGACCACUCCUGUUCUUCCAACGGUUAACCCCGGUCUCGAGAAGUCACAGUCUGCUCGCGCUUCAAUUCACCCUACUUUCUAUGUUAUGUCAGUAGUUUUCUCGACUAUCCCACGAAAUUGACUUUACGAUGCGCCAGAACCUUUGCUAACCACAUCGUGCGUGCAGUGCAUGGAUUGGUUUUUCAUCAUCCGUCAUCCUGUUCAACAAAUGGCUCCUUGAUACCCUCAACUUCCGCUACCCCGUCAUUCUAACGACCUACCACUUGACCUUCUCGACUGUCGUCACUCAGAUUAUGGCCCGAUGGACUCCUUACCUUGACGGCCGCAAGACGGUUAAGAUGACAGCUCGCGUUUACAUCCGUGCCGUUGUUCCCAUCGGUAUCUUCUUCAGCUUGAGUUUGAUCUGCGGAAAUUUGACAUAUCUCUACCUUUCUGUUGCUUUCAUUCAGAUGCUCAAGGCUACCACACCCGUCGCCGUUCUCAUCUCUGGCUGGAUUCUGGGUGUUUCUGCUCCCAACCUCAAGCAGUUCCUCAAUGUCUCCGCCAUUGUUGUCGGUGUCAUCAUUGCUUCCAUGGGUGAAAUCCACUUCGUCACUGUCGGUGUGCUCUUCCAGAUGGGCGGUAUCAUUUUCGAGGCUCUGCGACUUACCAUGGUCCAGCGCCUGCUGAGCUCAGCUGACUACAAGAUGGACCCUCUCGUCUCUCUGUACUAUUUUGCUCCCAUUUGCGCUGUCAUGAACGGUGUGGUUGCUCUUAUUUGGGAGAUCCCCAGGUGCUCGAUGGCUGAGGUUUACCACGUUGGUCUGUUCACUUUCUUCCUGAACGGUCUCUGCGCUUUUAUGCUCAAUGUCUCCGUCGUCUUCCUGAUUGGCAAGACUUCUGCUGUCGUCCUCACGCUCUGCGGUGUUCUCAAGGAUAUUCUUCUGGUCAUUGCUUCUAUGAUGAUCUGGGGCACCCAGGUUACUGGUCUCCAAUUCUUUGGCUACUCCAUUGCUCUUGGUGGCAUGGUCUACUAUAAGCUCGGCUACGAGCAGAUCAAGGGCCACAUUGCUGAUGCCAACCGACAGUGGGCUGAGUUUGGUGCUCGCAAGCCCAUUCUCCGCAAGGUCACCAUUAUCAUCGCCACCGCUUUCCUAAUCUUCACCUUCUUUGGUGGCCUUGCUCCUGGUUACUCCUCAGAGGUUGAUCCCACUAGACUGGCCAAUGAGGUGUCCAACCGUUUUGGCAUCAACGAUGCCCAGCACGUCUAGAGCUCUGUAUUAUAUGGUGCCAAUGGGAAACAAGACCCUGACGUUUACUUCACGGGGCGAACGGCGAUCUAAGGAACCUCUUUUCUAUAUCCGUUAUUUCCUUAUGUAUUACGCCCAACCAAGUUGUUGAACUUGGUCUGAAUGUGUCCACAGUCGGAUUGACUUGGCGCACUUUUCUGUGGAUUGGAGACUUUUUGAUAUAUUCUGUUUGAUUGGGGAAGGGAGGUCUUAUGAAGUGUAAAGCCAUAGAGCUGGGCGCAGAGCGCGAGGUAGCGGUCCAUGUAUGAACCGCAUCACGAAAGGUCUAAUUGAUGUGUAACUCUAGACGGCGUUUGGCCAUAGACAUGUAGAAACGAAACGGUUAAGAAAAACCUACCAUAACAAAAGUUCAUUGAUCUAUUUUCCCUCUCUUUCGUUUCACCAGGUUUUGUUUGCGCGUAAUGUACGUUUUGACGGUAAAUUUUGAU